AUGUAAAGAGCAAGUGAACGCACCACAGGAUGUGACGUUGCCUUCAUGGUCACGUCUUCGCUAGUGUUUUUAAAAAGCGGCGGUUUGCUUUCUGGUCGACUGAGAGCAACAAACACUAUAUAUAAUCGCAGUUCUUCGUAACUGAGACGAAACUUUAACAGGGUCCUGGUGUUUUACAGUAAAGCUGUGACCUCUUUGCUGCAUCGGGACCAUGCAGCAGCGGACCACAGAGGAGCAAGGCCUCCUGGGUAAACUGGGUCCUGGGGAGAAGAAGCUGGAAGGCAAGACCUUCUACUUGGAUGGCGUGAAGAAACGUUCAACAGCCCUGCUUUUGGAGGCCAUCACUCUUCACGGAGGGAGGAUUGAAAGUUUCCUACAUAAAGAUGUGAGUUUUGUUGUGACUGAGAGCCAGGAGGGCCCGAAGGAGCAGAAGUGUUCUAAUGCUCAAGAAGGGACAAGCGGGACAAAAGAAGAACCGCAUUGUCCCCUUAAACAGCAGGAGCGUGUCCUCAGCAGCGACAGGCAGCGACCUGUGACUCCUAGACCAGUGGCUUGUGGCAGUCGAGGGAAGGCCUUGCUUGAAAAAGCCAUUCGCAACAGUGAGCGACUGCAGGGCAGUGUUUUGGCCAAUGCCCAAUCAUGGGGAGUGAAGAUUUUGCACGUGAAUGACGUCCUUUUGUAUUUAAAACUGUUGACCAGAGAGAGCUUCAGUGUGAAAAGCAAGAGGCAUGAGAAGUCCUGCACCAAACAACAAGGUUGUGUCGUGAAAGCUACAGCUUUGAGAUCACCUUAUCUUAAAAUUGAAGACUCAAGCAGGAAAUUCAAACCCUUGCACUUGCAGUCUAUGACCUUCCCGUCUCUGUGCUACUUGGGUCGAUUCAGUCCCUUUGAGUCCCGCCCUCCUCCAUUUGAAAAACGGAAAGAGCAAGAAGAAAAUAAAACAAGGGAGAAGACAAAAGCUGAAAGCAGCAUUCAGAACAAAUGUGAAACCCCGCUGAGUUGUAAUCCUUCACCUUGGCGACCUCGCAGGAAGGACCUGUCCUACUGCGAGUGCUGUCAUCAACACUUCAAUAAUCUUGAGGAGCAUUUACAGUCUGAUCAGCACCGUUCAUUUGUACUGGAUUCGUCAAACUACAGUGCGGUGGAUCAGCUUGUAAUUGCAAUGUUUCCAGAAUUUGAUCCCAAUCCAUGUCAACAAUCAGAACAAACAUCCAGCAGACCACCAACACCUUUGCCCGUUGAGGAUUUCUGUGAUCUGGAGCCUCUCUCUGAUAUUGGGAUGGAGGAUGGAGUCUGGGCCCUGCAGCCAGAGGGUGCAGCACAGAUCCCUAGCCCUUGUAGGGUCCCUCCUUCCUUUUGCUCCGCCGGUCCAUCAGCGGACGAUCAGCUUCCUAACCCAAAUCCAGCCGCUCUGCCUGCAGACAUACAGUCUUUCACUUCUGCUGGGAUCCAGCCUCACACUUUCAGCCCUGUCAUGCCUGUAUUGGAUACUGAACCACAACCUCACCCCUCAGCCUGCCAGCCGCCUGAUAAUCUCUCUCCGUACCCUAUGAAUCCGUGUGUCUCCUCUGACCCUUAUCUUCUUGCUCCAGUCCUCAGUCCGCAGUUACUUAAUUAUUCCGACUUAAUAGAGGUACACGGCUCCUAUUCAGACCCCCCUGUACUUAGUCCUCAACAGUAUGCAGUUGUGGAAGAAGACACUUGUGAAUCUGUUCCUCCUCCCUCGGAGCCUGUAACAAAUGCAGACGGAGCGAAGGUGUCAAACCUGGAAAGUCCUUUAGUUUUUAGGAGGAUCACGUGUUCCAGCAGAGCUCUGGAGUGCGAUAAACUGGCUUCAUGCAGGUCUCGAUCGCUUCCUCGGCCUUCGUCUACAGCGCUCAACCCCAAGAAGCGCUGCCGUUCGUCCAGUCCCAUAAUCAGCCGGAGCAAAAGGAGGCGGAUCACUGUGAGCUUUGGUUACAGCUGUACAUGGACCGAACAAGAGCUUACGUCAGCUCAACCAGACAGUGACCUAUUGGCCAGACCUGAGGCCUCUUAUGAGCUACAGUCUUGUUCAAACUCCCACGUCUCAUCCAUGUCCAUUACAUCCACCGUGGACUGUGGCUCAAAACAGACUUUUGACACGUUUUGCGUUCCUGCUGUACAGAAUUUCACCGCUCUACCACAUCAGAUUAACAUUUUGUGUCACGGUCGCGCUUCUGUUGCAGAUCAGCCAUCGUGGCCGUUUUUCUCACCAGCUAAGAGUUUUGAUUGUCCCCUUCCCAGUAAGAACUCUCUCAGCGGUCCUUCCAGUCAAGACUCUCAGCGUUCGCUCUCCCACUCUACCUCCGUGUGCAUUGAGUCCGCCCUCAUCCCAGACUUCGCCGCCCUCUCCCAGUCCUCGGACUCUGACUGGGACUGUGAGCUGGUGUCGCGUAUGGGCCCGGCCUCCGCGGCGCCCCUGUCACCCACUGAGCAGAGCGCUGAGCUGGACAAGGAGCUCCUCCACAGGCGCUGCGCCUGGACGCACAACAGCAGCUACGAGUCACGUCUGCACACGGUUCUCCAGCCGCCCGCUCCAGGAGCUUCUCUGUGCGGGGAGGAUGUGGAGCCUUCAGCCUUUUCCAGGACUGUUGUACAGACCGUCAAGGUUCAACACUGAAUCUGAAUCCUUUUUCUUUUUUUUCUUUUUUUGGGGAUUGUUGCAAAGAACUGCAGAAAGGACAACAUGGAUGCUGCACAUUUUACUUCAUGAAACAGAAGGUGGCACUUAAGCUCAUGAAAUGAAGUAAUUGUAUUAUACAUUAAAUAAAUAUUUACAACAUAGUAAAACCUUAAA